AUGUUUUCCCUCGUAAUCGUCUGGGGGUUGCUCAAAGUCGUCAGAGCGGUCGCGGCUCCUGCCGAUCCAUGCACAGCAGCCACAACAACAACAUGGGUUCCAAGCAAAGUUGCUCAUGCUUGCGAGUUGAAUGUCCCAUUCAACAAAGCACGCAGCGAAACCAUCAUGGACUCCGUGCUCAAGUCUCUGCAAUACUAUUCACUGGAGACAUGGUUCCUCAACUCGCCAAAUCCGCUCAUCCCACAUAAUGUCAAUGUUCGCGCCUUACUUGAAGGUGUACAGAAACAGACAUCGACAGUGGGCUUCAAGACGGACUGGGACUUCAAUAUGGCCGUUACUGAUGCGUACAAUCGAGAAGCAGAUGGACACACCCUCUUUGUGGCAGACUGCACGGAAGCGUUCAGCUGGAACUUGCCAUUUUCUAUCGCAACUCUUGCCCAAAGUCCGUUUGAUGCCGUCGCUGAACCUACAUUCCUUGUCAACUACGACUUCCCCAACCAAGGUCGGACUGGGUUGGAAGCGUUUUACGAAAGUCUGGGUGUACAUGUUCGCCCUUUGGACGGUUCCCGAAUUCUCAAAAUCAAUGGCGUUGAUGCGAAAACCUACCUGGUGGAUUUGGCGACCACCUCAAAUAUCUUCAACGGUCUGGUUGGCUCCUUCGAAACAGUCAAUCCAAGGUUCAUGAGGCUUAUGUCACGGUACUCGGCGGAUACAAUGGCUGGACUAUUCACACAGGAAGUGGGUCGCUUUGGCCAGCGUGCAUUCUAUCCUGGCGCAGACGAAGUCACCAUUCAGCUUCAACCACCAAAGGGGGUACCAGUGACCGUUACUAUUCCAUGGGCGGCAACAUUCAUUGGAUUGGGCAACUCCACAGCAUCUUUCAUUGCAGAAACGUGUCUGCCCCCGACUGACGAGAAUGCACGACGCAGAAGACUCGAGCGGAGACUGGAACUGAGCUCGAUGAACGAGAAGAGAAAGGCUGUCAUUUCUCCCGAGUCACAAGACAAGAUGCGAAAACAAGCUUCUACUCAGCGUGUCCUGGCCAACCCCGUACAACCCACUCUCAAGUCAUUUGGGCACUUCGUUACCCUGGAUAUAUACCAGCUCGCAGAACAUCCUAAGGUUGGAGUUGUUUACUUCGAGCAGUUUGAGCCCUCGGAUGGAACCGGUGCCAACGACUACUUUAAUGGUAUCUCGGAUACCCUAUUCACCGGCUUAAGUGCCCUCAAGGCCGCAGGGGUCAAGCAUAUCCUGGUCGACAAUUCAGGAAAUCGUGGCGGUUUCAUCUUCGCAGGUGCCAUCGCAUUGUGGUCGCUAUGGCCGAAAGAUUUGUUCCCCGGCUUCCCUGCGGUCUUCCGAGAGUCUGACCUGAUCAGGCGGCAGUCGGAUGUUGCCGCUCAAACGGAAAACUUGAACUCGGAGUAUUUGUUUGAGUUUUACCGCGACCUCGAAUACGUCCUCCUACAAAAUAACUCCCAAUUCAUGGACCCCCCUGUCCCUCAGGUCGUAAAUGGUGUUCGUGAUGCUUUCUCAAAGCAGUUCCUCGAUGACUUUGGCGACAACUCGUCCGGCGUGACCAACUUCACUGAGCCGCCAUUUGAAGGCAAAGACUACGUUAUGGUUGCCAACAGUAUUUGCGCAUCGACUUGCUCCGUCUUCAGCUCGUAUAUGUUCCAAAAGCAUGGGGUCCGGUCGGCGGUAUUCGGCGGUACACCCGACUCCUCCCUUUCGCAAUUUGACGGGGGGGUGAAGGGCUCGGAAGUUACGGACUACGAUAGCAUCCUUUUUGAGCUCGAAACGCUUGGCUUGCAGGACGACCCAGCUGCCCCACAGCCGUUGCCCAUCGAAGUUUCCUUCUCAAUGAACUUCCGCAACGCAAUUCCAUUUAUCGACAAACAGGAUGGGAUUCUGGAAUACGUGUUUGAGCCGGACACGAAAAAGUUCCAGUUUACGUUUGACCAGUUCAAUCGCCCUCAAAAAGUUUGGGAGUUUGUGGCGGAACAAUUUUGGGGUCAGGAAUAA